AUGAACACCUCUAAGACAUCGCCGCGCCACCGCGGUCGAGAUGGCAAGUCGAACGACAAGUCUGGUGGUACGGCUGCCGGGGGGUCCACGCCGCCUACGCAUUUCGGUGCCGCCACUGCUGCGAGAGGUGGCGGCGGCAUUGGCUUCUCAUACCAUCCAACUCAUAAUCUGCAGUUUCUCAAGGAGCUCCUGCGGCCGUCUGCGGCCAGUCGCAUCGCCGCCGUGGCGCGCAUCGUCCAUAUGGAUGACGACCAUAGUGCUGCGGCCGGUGCCGCUUGUGGCCCAUUACCGUCGUACGCCAGCGCGCUCAGCUGGUCCGGCGCCGCCGCGUCGUCGCUGUCCCCUCCGCCGCCUCCGUCGUACGGGUCCGCCAUGCCGCCCAACCAGCCGAUGGGCAAGAGCCCGGCACCACCGCCGUUUGCAGAGGCCAACAGUGCCACCCCCCUGAGCACCAACAGUUUGGCUCACAGGCAUCUGGAUGUCAACGCCCUCGCCUCCGCGGCGACGUCCGUCCCACCCCUGCCACUUGUGCUAGAGUGCGCGACGCAGCUGAGCGCUAUGUUGGCCCAGUGGCGCGUGAGCAACGAGGGCGAGCGAAGCCGUCCGCCACCGCAACCUUUCGCCCCAACACCCAAGUCCUCGCACAGCCCACCCGCUGGGCAGGGCAACCAAGGUGGUGCCGUGUUCUCCACGGCAGCUGUGUGCAGCGCUGCGGAUGCAGGGCGGCCGCUAAAGCCGAGCCCACAGCCAGGCGGCGGUAGUAGUGCCACAGCGCCGCCACCGGCCCGUCCUUCGGCGCAGCGCAUACUGGAUAUGAUGAACUUGAUUCUAUGGUACUGCCUCUCCACUGCCGAGGAUGCGCAGCUGGCGACGGGUGGCCGCUCACGCGGGACGAGCGGUAUGGCGACUCCAGCACACCCCGGUGCCACUACCGCCACUGGAGCUGGAGGGGUCUCCCAUCAGGCUCUGGGCGGCAGCAGCAGUCCGUUUGGCCUUCGUGGCGGUCGUGGCGGACGGUCGGGCAGCGUCUCGGUUGCUGGUGGGCGGCCAGGCCCCGCUGGACGAAGCGGCAGCUGCAGUGCGGACCCUUUGGCUGCGCAGGACUGGUUGGACGGCCGCAUGUCUUCCGCGCUGUCGACCGCCGGAGCACCGACCGUCACCAUUUCGGAUGACCAGUUGGCAGAACGACUUUUCCGCCCUGCUGUGGAUGCCGUUGUGCUUCUGCAGGGGCCACGCAGCCAACCGCUGCCUCCAUCAUCGUCGCCAUCGUCGUCGUCGUCACGCUCUCAUGCCGCAGACACGGCGAGCCACACUGAGAAGAGCAGCGCCGUCGCCGUUGCUUCGGAUACAAGAAGUGGCCCAUCACCACAACCUGCUGAGGACGCCACUGACAACGACGCCGCCGCAGCGGUGGAGCUGCAGACGAUGGCGCUGUGGACUCUGGCCGCUGUCCUCGUGCGCUUUACCGACUCCCCGUUCAACGCCACCGUCUUCCUCCCUGUGCUGUUCCCGCAGGUGGACGUGCGCAGCCUGGCUGGCGCAGCGGUGCGCCACCCUCUCCUGCAGCCUCUCCUCCGCGGGGACCCGCGCAACAUCUCGCUUCGAUGCGGUGCGGCAGCGGCGCUGACGGCGCUUCUGCACAAGCUUCGCUCUACGUUGCAAUACGCCGAGGAGCCGCAGAAGGGCCGCCAAGCGGCCUUCCUCUCCCUUGCUGCCCAGUGUGGCACGAUCCUGGCCUCGCUUCACGAGAGCCUGUGCUGGGGGCUGCUGCAGUCACAGCAACAGCAGCCACAGAACGCCGGUGACGGCACUGUGACAGCGACCCCGUCGUCGGCUGCUGCCGUGCCGCUUCUCAACACAUACGCGACGGUUGUGUCGGUCACACCGUACCACCGCUGCCCUCGCUCACGCGAGGUCGCCCUGGGAACGCUGCAGCUCCCCGUGAUGCACUUCUUCCUGGCCCACGACGAGGCUGGCGCGUUCGUGCCCGCAACUGUGCUCGUGUCCAACAUCUUGAAGAGCGACACGAUGCGCGUGGCGGCGGCGCAGCUGCCCGUGACGGCUGAGGCGCAGACUGGGAAGCAGGGUCGCAGUGAGGGCUAUGAAACCGCAGCCACGGGAGGCGACCGUGCUGCUGUUGCUGCGAGCUUCCUUCAGGCGAUGCUGAGCCACGCCGACACCCGAGUCGAGGUGUGGCGCUGCAUGGUGCCCCUCUCUCGGCUCUAUCCGCGUCUGGUGAGCAACGAGUUUGAGGCGUUAAUGGCCGCCUCGGUGAAGAUGGCGUCGGCGCUGACGGCGUGGGAGGCCGCGGAGGCGAGCGGCUCAGCUGUCGUGGAGCGUGAGGACAUCCUUACUUCGCAGGGGCAGCUCUCUCCCGCGCCGUCCGCGUCCGCUACGCUGUCGCGCCCCACGCCGUCUGUUGCCGAGGGUGGUGGCAGCAACGCCGAGGAGCGGAGCGUACCGCCGCCGAUGUACGAGGAGGGAGAAGGCCCCGAUCCGGAUGCUGGUGCUGCGCCACCGUCGCCGCAGCGUAGCCAAGCGCCAACAGUCUCACUCGACGCUUUUAUGGAGUGCCUGCGCACGUGGCUGCAUUACAUGGGCUACGUCUGGAAGGCGUUCGACGACAACGCCAGCGACCCAGCGCAGCGGCCGGAGGGGCAGGUCGACCGAGCCACUGUGGAGCACAAGCAGCGCAUCCACGAGGAGUUGCUGCGUCCCGCGAUGCGGCUGCGUCGAUGCGGCGCGGACGUGCGUACCAUGACGCUUCGGUGCAUUGCACAGAUCGGCAACGAAUACAUGUCCACCGUGGCGGACCGCAGCUUGUGCGAGGAAUUCGUGGCGUACGUGCAGUCCUCAGCAGCGGACGCGCAGCCGCGUGUGCGCGGGGAGGCCUUGACCACUUUGGGCGUGUGGCUCUGGCAAUACACCUCGAUGGACGACUUUGCCUGUGUUGCCAUCGACAGUGCCGUGCACUCACUUACGACGGAUCCGAACCCGGUAGUGCGCACCAAGGCGGCCUUCGCGCUCUCCAAUGUGACCGGGCGGCUGCCAGAGGGAUCUUGCGCAGUGGUGCGCAACUCGCCAGACUACAUCGCGACACUAUGCAGCACCGCCAUGCGCGCAGCUGUGAUCGACGCUGAGAGCGGCGUGCAGGGUCACGGCAUCCGCAUGAUGAACCACCUCCUCCAGGUGCUCACCUUCGAGGAACUGAUUAGCGAGGUGGAGGAGUUCGAGGAGGGCGUUGCAGAGGGCUUCCUGCGCGUGCUAUUGGAGUGCCUGCGCGCCAACAACACGCGUGGCGGCCACAAUAGUUACCAAGAAGGCGACGGAGUAGGCGAAAGUGGCGGUACCGGUGCGGCUUUUCGGCGCUAUGCCGUGCCACGCGAGGCGAAGCACCGCUGGAACGCGGCGUGCGCUCUUGGUAUGGGACUUUCCCGGGAGGAGGUAUUCGAGGCAGAGCCAAAGUACGCCGUAGAGGCUGUCGAGGCGCUCUGCACCGCCGUGGUGCGAGACCACAUCUUCAAGGUGCGCACCCAGGCUGCUGGGGCCCUCGCCCGCAUCCCGGGCCACUGCCUGAGCGGCACCUACACGGCGACGGACAUGACACCAACCGUUGUUGCCUCGCUGUGCAAGGCGCUGGAGACAGCGACGUCCACCGAGAACUUCCGACAGUACAAGGAGCAGGGCUCACUGCACGAUGCUCUGCGUUCUGCCCUGGCGGUUAUGAUGGCUUCCACCACCCCCAGCAACGAACUGGAGAAGGUGUUCACGAGUCACAUGAAGGUGCUGCAGAAGGAGGGGCUGUUGUAG